AUGGGAAGUAGAGAUAAAAAAUCCAAAGAAAAGAAAUCAAGAAGAGAUCGCAGUCCUGGUUCUAGGUCCAAAUCAAGGAGAAGAGAUAAAAACGAAAAAUCUCGAGAAGAUCGAAGCAAAAAGAGCAGCAAGAGACAUCGACGAGAUAAAGAAUCUCCGAGAAGGUCAAAAGAGCGCAAAUCCAAGGAUAAAAAAUCACGAUCACAGAGCAGAGAACGACGAAAGAAUGGAAAGAGCUCAAAGAAAAGCUCAAGAAGAGAUAGAUCAAGGUCAAGAGAAAGGCGAAAAGAUCGCGGAGGAAGAGACGACCGUCGAGGAGGCGGAAGGGAUGAUCGUCGAGGGGGAAGAGAUGCAGACAAAUACUCGGGUUCUUAUUCGGAUGACGUUUCUCGAGAUGAAAAAUAUGGAAAGGAGACGGAUGAGUACUACGAAUAUGAAAACUACCCGGAUAGAUGGAAUCAAGUUCAUGCAGCACACAAGGUCUCCUACGCUCUUAGUCAUGGAAACAGGACAUCAGAUGAGGGUGGCAACAGAUGGCCUGUUACUGAACAGGGUUUUGGUGGUCAAAUUUUGAGUCCUGCUGGUGGUCGAAUGCAACAAUUAAAUCUGGUGCAAGGGAAUAUGAUGAACGGUCAAUUCCCAGAUCCACGAAUGAAACUGGGAAAAUCAUUCAGAAAAGUCAUGUUUCUAAAUAGACUUUUCUACAGGACUCCAAGCGAAGAUGACAAACCAGUAAAAGUUCCUUCGAAAAUCCAACCAAGCUCUUUUGCGAAGAGCAUCUUAAAGAAGACAAACAGUGACUUUUCAACUACUUCCGCUAAAUCCAACGGUGAUUCAACCAAUGGAGACGACAAUACAAGCAUAAAAUCGUCGUCUGGUAAAGCAAAUGAAACAACAGAAAAACUGAAAGCACCCGGUGAAAUAUUAAAACCUGGCUGCAUCGCAUUUGAGCGGAAAGUGCUAAAGUCGCUAUCCGAUGAAUCUCAAAGCGAAUCAAGAAAGGGGCGAGAAUGGAAGGUAGAUAUCUUCGAGUGCUGUGACUACAUGGAUACUUGCCCACUUGGCAUUAUUCCCUGCAUGCUUGGUGCAGAAUUGGCCGAGAAAAUAUCCGAGCCGAUAUCAUCGUUCCUGUGCUGCGCAGGAGUUGGUUCUGUUCGCACAAAGUUUAGAACGCGACUUUCUAUCGUCGGUGACGCUUGUGGAGACUGCGCACUCAGUUUCUUUUGCUGCUGCUGUGUUUUAUGCCAGCUUGCGAAUGAGGUUGACAAAAUUCAAAACGAAAACAACGAGGAAGAAAGUAGAGGCAGCGAAAAUGUCAAAACACAGGAAGCGCCGAAGGAGAAGAAAGAUUCUACCUCUGAGGACGAAGAUGACGACGAGGAUGAAUCAGAUGACGAUUCAGACGAUUCCGACGAUGAUGACUCAGAAGAAGAAUCGUCAGAUUAA